GAAGGACAGGGAGCUGUAGGGAGACGUUUCACCUGAAGGACCGCCUCGUUUCAACAACAACUUUAUGGCUCCCGGAAGUGCUUCCUUGUCUCCUCCCCAGCCUCACGCCUGUGGGCUGCAGUUGGAGCGAUGGCAGCGGCUGCCGCUGGGCCUGGCUCAGGGUCUGGACCUGCGGACUCCCCGGAAGGGCCCGAAGCGGAGGCUGCGGAGCGUCGGCGGAAGGCGCAUGGGAUGCUGAAGCUUUACUAUGGCCUCUCGGAGGGGGAGGCAGCGGGACGCCCCGCAGGGUCGGAUCCCCUGGACCCUACCGAUCUCAAUGGGGCGCACUUCGACCCGGAAGUGUAUCUGGACAAGCUGCGGAGAGAGUGCCCCUUGGCCCAGCUGAUGGACAGUGAGACGGACAUGGUGCGGCAGAUCCGGGCUCUAGACAGCGACAUGCAGACACUAGUCUAUGAAAACUACAACAAGUUCAUCUCAGCCACAGACACUAUCCGGAAGAUGAAGAACGAUUUCCGGAAGAUGGAGGAUGAGAUGGACCGGCUGGCCACCAAUAUGGCGGUGAUCACCAACUUCAGUGCCCGCAUCAGUGCCACACUGCAGGACCGCCACGAACGUAUCACAAAGCUGGCAGGGGUGCACGCACUGCUGCGGAAGCUACAGUUCCUCUUUGAGCUGCCCUCACGACUCACCAAGUGCGUGGAGCUGGGCGCCUAUGGGCAGGCUGUGCGUUACCAGGGCCGUGCGCGGGCUGUGCUGCAGCAGUACCAGCACCUGCCCUCUUUCCGUGCCAUCCAGGAUGACUGCCAGAUCAUCACAGCCCGCCUGGCCCAGCAACUGCGGCAGCGUUUCAGGGAUGGUAGCUCAGGUGCUCCAGAGCAGGCCGAGUGUGUGGAGCUGCUGCUGGCCCUGGGCGAGCCCGCAGAGGAGCUGUGUGAGGAAUUCCUAGCUCAUGCCCGUGGGCGGCUGGAGGAAGAGCUGAGAAGCCUUGAAGCCGAGCUCGGGCCCUCUCCUCCUGCACCUGAUGUGUUAGAGUUCACUGACCAUGGUGGCAGUGGCUUUGUGAGCAGCCUCUGCCAGGUGGCCGUGGCCUAUCAGGAUCUGUUUGCUGCCCAGGGCCCUGCAGGUGCAGAAAAGCUGGCAGCAUUCGCCCAGGAGCUGGGUGGUCGUUACUUUGCACUGGUGGAACGGCGGCUGGCACAGGAGCAGGGUGGCAGUGACAACUCCCUCCUUGUGCGAGCACUGGAUCGCUUCCACCGGCGCCUACGGUCACCAGGGGCCCUGCUGGCUGCUGCUGGCCUCUCAGAGGCUGCCACAGAGAUCGUAGAGCGAGUGGCCCGGGAGCGCCUGGGCCACCACCUACAGGGCCUGCGUGCAGCCUUCCUGGGCUGUCUGACCGAUGUGCGCCAGGCGCUUGCUGCACCUCGCCUGUCUGGGAAGGAGGGCCCCAGCCUGGCCGAGUUACUGGCCAAUGUGGCCAGCUCCAUCCUGAGCCACAUCAAGGCCUCUCUGGCUGCUGUACACCUUUUCACUGCCAAAGAGGUGUCUUUCUCCAACAAGCCCUACUUCCGGGGCGAGUUCUGCAGCCAGGGAGUCCGCGAAGGCCUCAUUGUGGGCUUCAUCCGCUCCGUGUGCCAGACGGCCCAGAGCUUCUGUGACAGCCCAGGGGAGAAGGGGGGUGCCACACCACCUGCCCUGCUCCUGCUGCUCUCCCGCCUAUGCCUGGACUACGAGACAGCCACCAUCUCCUAUAUCCUCACCCUCACUGAUGAGCAGUUCCUGGUGCAGGACCAGUCUCCAGUGACACCUGUGAGCACACUGUGUGCAGAGGCCAGGGAGACUGCACGGCGGUUGCUGACCCACUAUGUGAAGGUGCAAGGCCUAGUCAUAUCACAGAUGCUGCGCAAGAGUGUGGAGACCCGGGACUGGCUCAGUACCCUGGAACCCCGGAAUGUGCGUGCUGUUAUGAAGCGGGUUGUGGAGGACACAACGGCUAUCGAUGUGCAGGUGGGGUUGCUGUAUGAAGAAGGUGUUCGCAAGGCCCAGAGCAGCGACUCCAGCAAGAGGACUUUCUCCGUGUAUAGCAGCUCUAGGCAGCAGGGCCGUUAUGCGCCCAGCUACACACCCAGUGCCCCGAUGGACACCAACCUCUUGAGCAAUAUCCAGAAGCUGUUCUCCGAACGUAUUGAUGUGUUCAGCCCUGUGGAGUUCAACAAGGUGUCGGUGCUGACCGGCAUCAUUAAGAUCAGCCUGAAGACGCUGCUAGAGUGUGUGCGGCUGCGCACAUUUGGGCGCUUUGGGCUGCAGCAGGUGCAGGUGGACUGUCACUUCCUGCAGCUCUACUUGUGGCGCUUUGUGGCCGACGAGGAGCUCGUGCACCUGCUGCUGGACGAAGUGGUAGCCUCGGCUGCCCUGCGUUGUCCAGACCCAGUGCCCAUGGAGCCCAGUGUCGUGGAGGUCAUCUGCGAGCGCGGAUAGGCCCAGCCAGGGCCCUACACCGCACUGCUCUGGCGUCCUAUCCCACCCUUACCCUGGUCUCCCCUUAGGCGGCCCUUCCCCGCUGGCGGGUGUCAGGACCCGCCUAAUAAACCUGUGUGGCCU